AUGGAACCUGUCACCGUUGCCCAGGGUGUUAUCGACCUCACAUUCCACCAGGUUGUCGCAGCCGUAAUUCGUGCUGUGCUCGCGAAACAUGGAGUGACCAUAUCCGAAGUUAUCUCCAAACCGCACGAGCAGGCCUUCAUCGACCUGCGCGAGGGCCGCACCCAGAUCCUCGUCGGUUGGCUCCCCGGGUCGCACGAGACGUACCUCGCGCCCUUCCGGAGCGACGUGCUCGUCCUCGGAGAGGAGGACGGGGCACCCGCUGUAUACGACCCGUACUGCAUCUGGGGCGUCCCCGACUACGUCCCGGAGGACACGGUGCGCUCCAUCGCGGACCUCGCCAAACCGGAGGUCGCUGCGCGCUUCGUGCGCACAGUGCAGGGCAUCAACCCCGGCGCGGGCAUCUCGCGGUUCUCGAAGGAGAUCAUCGCCCGCUACGGCCUGACCCUCGAAUUCGUCGACGGCGACAUCCCAAAGUGCUGUGCGGCGUUCGAGGCAGCCUAUUCAAACAGCGAAUGGGUCGUCGUCCCGCUAUGGCACCCGCAAUACCUGCACGCGAAGUACAAGAUCCGUGCGUUGGAGGACCCAGAUGACCUCCUUCGGGCGCACAAGCCCGACGCGGCGCGCGUCAUCGUCACAAGAUCCCUUGCUGCGAAACUACCGACCGACACCGUCGACGCGCUCCGUAAGCUUCGCGUCAGCAACGAGGGCGUCGCACGGAUGGACUAUCUGCUCGCGGUGGAGGGGCUGAGUCCGGAUGAGGCGGCUGCGAAAUGGAUCGAGGAGACCAGGCUGGAGUUCUGA